AUGUCUUGGCAAGCUUACACUGAUAACUUAAUUGCUGGCGGUAAAGUUGACAAAGCCGCUUUAUAUUCUAGAGCUGGUGAUUCCUUGUGGGCUCAAUCUGGAUCUUUUCAAUUACAACCAGCUGAAAUCACUGAAAUUGCCAAAGGUUUCGAUAGUGCCGAAGGUUUACAAACCAGUGGUUUACAUGUUCAAGGUCAAAAAUACUUCUUAUUAAGAGCUGAUGAUAGAUCUAUUUAUGGUAAACAUGAAGCCGAAGGUGUUGUUUGUGUUCGAACCAAACAAGCCAUUUUGGUUGCUCAUUAUCCUAGUGGUGUCCAACCUGGUGAAGCCACUACAAUUGUCGAAAAAUUGGCCGAUUACUUGAUCAGUGUUGGUUAUUAG